AACAAUAUGGCGUUCACGUUAUGGACACUCUUCGAAGCAACUCUGUUAUGUCUGAAUGCGAUCUGUGUUUUGAACGAGGAAAGAUUUCUCGCUAAAGUUGGUUGGGCGUCAUGGCAAAAUGUGCAAGGAUUUGGAGAACCUCCGACACCUAAGUCGCAAAUAUUAAAUCUUAUAAGGUCCAUACGAACUGUGAUGAGGGUUCCUCUGAUAUUCUUUAAUAUCUUAACAUUAGUUAUGAAGCUCAUAUUUGGUUAAUAAAGAAGAGGUAUAGGACAAGAACGUACGAAUGGAAUAUGUUAUGUGCAAGUCGAAGUGUUGAAAAUGAUGCGUGUACACAAGAGAAUCUAUUAAAUUAUAUUAUUUUUACUUUUAC